AUGGAACCGGAGAAAAUACAUGAAGGACAUAUGGGGAUCGUAAAAUGCCGACGUCGCGCAAGAUCUUCAGUGUGGUGGCCUUACAUGAACAAGCAAGUGGAAGAAGUUUGUAAGAGCUGUCCUUCUUGUUGUGAAUUUUCACAAACCAAAACUCAACCAUUAAUUCCGAGUGAAUAUCCUGAUAGACCAUGGAAAAAGAUUGCAACGGAUUUAUUUGAGUUGAAAGGUUCAAAAUAUUUGUUACCUGUUGAUUAUUUCUCCAGAUGGAUCGAGAUUGCAUUGUUACAGGAUACGACGUCGCUUACAGUAAUCAAUCAUCUAAAGUCAAUUUUCGCAAAGUACGGAAUACCUGAAGUGAUAAUUUCCGACAAUGGACCACAAUACGCUCCGGGAGAAUUUUCCAAAUUUGCAGAAGAAUAUGGAUUUUGUCAUAUAACGUCAAGUCCUCGAUAUGCUCAUUGUAACGGAGAGGCGGAGCGUGCAGUCCAUACUAUUAAAAAUCUGCUCAAAAGAACAAAAGAUCCAUACAUGGCAUUGCUGAAUUAUAGAAGUACAGCUUUGAAAAAUGGUUAUUCCCCAAGUGAACUUCUCAUGGGAAGAAAGUUGAGAACGAAGUUACCAGUUUAUUCAAGUGAAUUGAUUCCAAAAUAG